AUGUCAAAAAUCGCUAACCGAAUUAUUUCAAUACCAGAAAGGGUAAAAAUUAAUUUAGAGGGGGGGAUAAUUUCUGCCGAAGGGCCAUUAGGAAAAAGUGAAGAUUUAAUCAUUCCUUCUAACUUGGAAAUUACUAAUCAAGAAAAUAAGUUAAGCACUAAGUCAGUUAACUCGGCUUUGGCUGGUACUUAUAAUUCUUUAAUUUCUAAUCUGAUAAAGGGGGUGGUGGAAGGUCAUGAGAGUGUUGUGGAAGUAAAGGGAGUUGGGUAUAAGGUAUCCUUAAAAGAAGGAAAAUUAGAGUUUUCGUUGGGAAAAUCUCAUCUUAACCAUGUUGCUAUUCCUAGCGAAUUAGAAGUAAAAGUAGAAGCCAUCGAUGACACAGUAGGUAAUACUCUUACCUCGGCUUCCACAAAAGAUUUUAGUGAGGAUAAUUACUCUCGUAAGAAUAAAGAUUAUGCUAAGAAGCUUGGUGAAUUGUUUGCUGAGAAAUUGAAGAAAGAGAAUAAAGAAAAAAUCAUUUUUGACCGCAAUGGUCGCCCUUAUCAUGGAAAAAUGGAGGAAGAAAAAAAAAGUAGUGAAGUAAAUGGCAAAGAAAAGGUAGAAGAAAAAAAUAAUCUGGUUUCGAGUGAACCAAAAAAAGAAGAAAGGGAAGAUAGAAGGGCAUUCCGCUCUCAUAUAAAAAGUGAAACCUUGGCCAACAAACGGGUAGUAAAAGUGACAAAAGGCGGUCGAAGGUUUAGUUUUACUUGUCUGGUUUUGAUAAAAGAUGAAGAAAAAAAAGCGGUUGCUUUCGCACACGCCGGUGGUAAGGAAGUUAUUAUUGCUUUUCGCAAGGCUUUGCGGCAAGGACAGAAAAAAUUAAUAUCUUAUUUUCCCACUCCUGUCCGCACCAUUCCUCGUGAUAUAACGGUAAAAUAUAAGGCCACUAAACUCUUCCUCAAGCCUACUCCACCGGGCAGUGGUAUCAAGGCGAGCGGAGCCCUUAGUCGAUUAUUCAAGUUCCUGGAAAUUAAAGAUAAGAAAAAGAUUGUUGGUCGUGGCAUUGGUUCCGGUCGGGGAAAGACAAGUGGACGCGGUCAAAAAGGACAAGGGUCGCGUAAAAGUGGUAAUGUUCGCCCUGGUUUUGAAGGGGGACAAACUCCGGUUUAUCGGGCUUUUCCCAAGCGAGGAGGAGGAUUUAAGGCCAAAAAAAUUUCUUAUCAGGUAGUUAAUUUAGAAGAAUUAGAAAAAGAUGAAAAGAUAACAGCCGGACAAGUAGUAGAUUUAUCGCAAAAAAAGUUUCCAGUUAAGAUAUUAGGAGAAGGAAAUUUUACCAAAAACUUGACUAUUAAAGCCGCCGCUUUUUCUCGGCCGGCUCAGGAAAAAAUUACCCAGGUAGGUGGUAAUUUUCAAGUGGUAGAGAAAAAGAAAAAGUAA